AUCCGGAGGAAUUUUGCCCCAAACCCGCUGUUGUCUAGGAUGUGGCGUUAGCCGUGAGAGGGGGACUGUGACAACACAACGGGACUGGGUUGUCUUUGCUUUUUAACUUCACUGCAAGGGAUUACGUCAAGGAAUUCUACCGGACUGGCGCAGGGAUGACUUAGCAGUGGUCGGUGGGAGAGUGGUUGGAUGAAGUGUUUCACCGUCGUUCUUCGCACAGGAGAGUUCCCAGUCUCUACGACGUACGGAGAAGUUUUCAAACCAGCCUCCAUCGGAGUUUUUCCUAGGAUCGACAGUUUUAGUUCUCUAGUCUAGCUGACCGUGGCCGGCAGGAUGUCAGGUCAUAAGAUCAACCCCAGCUCCCCCACACCUCUGCACGGCAUCGAGAGGGAGGGGCACAUCGACGAGGCAGCUGCGCGGCGGAUUUCUGUGGCGCGGCUGUCCAUAAAUCCGGAUGUGGAGCAGAAACUGGAAGAAGUGAUGACGCGUGUCAGAAGGAAAAACUACGACAAGGAUGACAAGACUCGAUGGGGAUCCUUGAGAAAGCAGUUUCGGGAGCAUGGCUCUACUGGAUUCAGCCCCAAACUCACAGAGGAAAACUCAUUUGAGCUGGAACAUGCGAAUAAUGAUAAGUACCAGUACCACCCUGGCUGGAAACCCAGGCAAACGUCGCCCAACCAUGACGCAGAUUCUGGGUACAACGAAGAGCGAGCGAGUCCACGGUAUCACACACCUGACGCACAGCCUGUCCCUAAACCUGCCACUCCUGUGAAAAAAAGUGAGCCGCCAGUUGUCAAGGCGACCCUUGAGCAGCUCCGACGGGGCUCACUUUUCAGGGGGGAAAAGCCGAUCACUGAAAAGCCACAUAAUGCCUGGCAGGGUUUGCUGGCAAGACAUCAGCAGGAGAGAGCAGGCAGGCCUGGCAAGCAUGUCACUAUCAAAACCGGCAAGGAUGACGGCCGGCUGAUCCGGUCACCACCAACAUCACGGCCUGCAUCCUCGGAAAGACGGAUAACUCCCGUGGAAGAAGUCGAGCCAACAGUCGGCAGCCCUACUGGACUGAUAAGCGCCAUGAAACCCACGGAUGGACGAAGGAGACCCACUCCUAAUAAGGAUAACAGGCCGCCUUCUUCAAAAGACCAACCAGUUCUACAUCAGCCCGCUAGAGAUCCAGGCCCACUGCCGUCUACAUCAGCGGCGUUUCUGGGCAGUCCACCCGAAUACGGGAAGGAAAAUGGUCCCACAUCAGCAAAACAGCUUGUACAACCGCAACCCAACAAACCUCCAGGUCCGAUUGUCUCAACCACUGACUCUAAAAAGAACGAUGCACCUGGAAAGGGCCAGGAGAAUAUGCCUCCCAAGGCAAAAUCGCCAGUUCCUCCAUCGGCACACUCAUCUGUUCCUCCGUCGGCAAAAUCGCCCGUUCCGCCCAAGAUAAAAUCGCCCGUACCUCCACACGCUCCGCAGCCGACCAAGGCUCCACAGCCGAUACCGUCUACAUCGGGAACCCAAAAUAUCCAUGCGCCAAAGUCUGGGCAGGACCGACUACCAUCUGCAUCAAAACCACCGCAGAUACGAACAACAAGCCCAACGACAAAGGCACCUACGAACGUGGCUCCACCCAAGAGAAAAGAGGAAUCUGUACCAGCUUCAGUCAAAACAGUGGACGAAACCAAAAAGGACGGUUCAUUCCAUGAUAUCCAGAGGGACCUAGCUCCUCCUAAAAAGGAACCCUCUGCCAGUAUCGCCAAGCAGUCACAGGCCGGUGGUAGCCAGAGGUUAACCCCAGAAACACCGGCCAAUUCAGCACAGAAAAAUGUCACGAAUCCCACGCCAGAAGUAACGCAAGCACAACAGAAAGAUGCUAGCGCUAAAGCAGCUCCUACAGGCCCAGUGAAGGCCAAAUCACCCAAACCAAAGCUGCAGCCGCCUCUACAGGAGAACGGUUCUGUGUCGAAAAAGAAACCAUCCUUCAGUGAGAAAAAGUACCAGACAACAGACGAACCGGUAAAGACUGCGGUAAUAGCAAAGGAAGUGAAACCACUGGAAAGGAAACUUGAGAGGAAGGACACAGCCCAAGUUCUCAAGGACAAAGACCUUAACAUGGAUACGGAAUUCCUGGACGACCGGAAUGGCAGUGGAAAGACGCUGAUCAAGGAUCGUCCAGCUAAGAAAAAAGGCGACUGGAUGGCGUCUAAGAAAACGCAAGGAACGUCGAAACGACACGGAAAAAAGAAGGCCGUCUCUAGAAAGGACGCCCACAUACAGGAGCUGAGUGGGACUGAGAAGGCCUGCUACACAUGUGCUGGCUACUGCAUGUGCUGCGCAUGUUGCUACCGACUGUUCAAGGAUGAUGACGACGAUGAGGUGUUCAGACGGAGGAAGUGCAUCACGGUGUUUCUGGCAAUCGCGCUGGCAAUCGUCCUGGUGGGGCUCAUCGUAGGGCUCUGCAUCGGGCUGGGUGGUUUAGGAGGCCCCGCCCCCACGUCCCCUCCUCGCUUCAUCCUGGUGCCCCAGAACCUGAACCCCAUCAUAAACGUGAACGGGAACCAGCCGGUGUCCGCCGGGACCCCGGCCGGGGGGACGGGCACGGCCGCCGGGACAGCCAACGACAGCGCCACGGCCACGGACGGGGCAACGCCUGGUGGCACAACAGGGUAGCGAUAACAACUGUUUCUUGGUAGUAUCUAAGUUCUCAUGCGCCAGAUUAUGUAUACUAAUGAAGAUUUGCGACGAGCACUUUUAAUACAACUUCACUCAGUGAGAUACAAUAGAGACAGGAACCAGGUUGUCUUGUGACCUUGAAGUCAAGGGUGAUGACCUAACUAAUAACAUAAUGUGUGGUGUCGUUAAGAUAUCAGUGCCUACUCAUUUAUCAUUUACCGACUUGGCAGCUUUAGCUGACUUGAGUGUUGUAGUACUUUGCUAAUAGCUAAAGUUUAUACAAUAAGAAGAGGAAUGUUUUGUUAUGCAUGGCAUCUGGCAACUAAAAUUUAUAUGAGAACUUUUAAUCCAAGGAGCAGUUUUUAUUCUACAAAACACUUGUAGUGAGCAUUCAUUGUUUGAGGGAGAUGCAACAAAAUACCAGGCAACUAAGUAUGAAUGUAUAUGAUAGUGAUUUGUUUUGUUUUUAUCAACUUGUGCACCUAGCACUGUGUAAAUGUCAGCUCGAAUCUACAAAAUACAACUUCGUGAAAGUUGUGGAUUGAUCUAAAUGUAUGUAAUCUAGUUAACAUACUUCCGUAAUGCUUUGAAAAAUGCAGGUUUCGGAAAACAAGACGAAUGGUGUGGAAGAUAUAUUUGCAGCAGCUUUUGGGGAAUGGAUUGUAUAUGUUAUAGCACAUAUUGUUCAGUUGGUUCAUAUUGUUCAGAAUUAAUAUUGAUAUUUGACGUCCGCUUCAAAAUACUCCAGAUACACGUCAAAUCUAUUUUGUUUCUGUUGAUAUAGACAACAAAGGAAUUCUACUGGAAGACAAGAUAUUCCUUUUUGCAUUACAAAUGGCCAGUGUAAUAUUCCUAACUGUGAAAUUAUCAUUUUGUUCAUUUCAAUAUCAAAAGAGUUAUCUAUUGACAAUUUCCUAUGGACUCGAGCUCAAUGUUCUGUUUUGAAUAGACGCUGUAUAUACAUUAUAUACGAGUUUAUAUUGCUUGUGUAUUGCAAUUAAGUCUCAAUUUAUUGCAUCAUGCGUUGCCGUUGGGCGUUUUUGUACAGUUUUGACCUGGUUUGAUGUACAAUACCAACUGUCCUUUAAUCUGGUUUAUUUCGAUCUGGAGUUGAAAUGGUUUGGUAUUUGUUUGGUUUGAACCUUUUAAAAGCAUGAUGUAUUCAAUUUGGUGUCUGUGGUGAAAUGGAUAGAAAGGUGUUUCACGUGCCUUAAGACAGAUAUGUAUAUUUCGCAUCCAAUAACUCUUUACAAGCUAAGCAUGGAUCUGUAAUGUGUACGAAAUUGAUUCGAAAUCACAUAUCUGAUGUACGUGCAGCUUUAUGUAUUUUACAACGCGCUAAAAGCAAGUUUUCCAACGACUGUCUGAAGUUGACCUGAUAUUGUUUAAAUGAUCCUUGUCAUGCGUCACAGAGCUUUGACAAAGUGUCAGUGUAGAAAAUCUCAGUCGUUGUUGCAGCUGUCUAAAAAGUACAGUGACACGUACCUAAAUAGCCUACGUUGCAGACCCCACCAAACCCAAUUACGGCAAUCAGAUCUCAGCAGCAAGCAAUUGAAAAUGAAAUGUCCGAUGGAGUCUUCAACGGAGGCUAUAGCUAAAGGGGUGGUUGUUUAUUUGACCUAAAAGUAGGACUUCUAAGCGACAACGUCUGAAAGCAAAAGAUGAAACUGGUGACCUUUAUAUUGGCAUAGGGAAAGCGAUGUAAUCAAAUCACUACCGCUUUGUGAAUAAACGAAGUAGUUCUUUCCACAAGA